UCAACAAUCCCACGUGAUGGGCGGCGGCGCUUCAAGCUGGCCCGCGCAUCUUGACACUUUUACUAAUUUCUCCACGAACCUGGCGAGCCCCGGGCCGCGGCGAGGCCACCAUGAAGUUCUCCGGCACCAUGAUGGAGCUUAUAUCCAUCAGACAGUUUGCACAUGUGGUUGGGUCCCUGGCACGGCUGUCCAAGAUGUGUGUGGUGCGCAUCACACCGACGCACCUCUACUUCAUCAUCAAUGAGCCGGGGGCACUGAACCGUGCACCGGGCCUCUGGGCGGAGCUGGACCAGGGCCACUACUUCACCAACGUGGUCAUGGCCGGCGUGUCACAGGAGCACAACGAGAUAUUCCUAGAGUUUGAGCCGGAUAAGUUGUCAGGCACGCUGAGUUCCCUCAAGUCACACAACACCAGCAUACGAACACUCAAGAUCAAGCUGGCCAAGAAGCUCUCCCCGUGCCUCACCAUAGAGAUGCAGUUGCCGUCCUUCUCCGACCAUGCCCGUACAGUGGUUCACGACGUUCCAGUGGUGCCACUUCCCAGGCGACAGUGGCACCUUUACCAAGAGCCCGAGAUGCCGCACUUCUCCGUCUCCCUCUACCUGCCGCCCCUCAAGAAGCUGCGGCACGUGGUGGAGCGCAUGAAGAGCCUCGCCUCGGCCCUCACCCUCUCGGCAAACCGCAAGGGCAUGCUGGUCCUCUCGGUGACCUCGGACACGGCCAGCGUCUCAACCUACUUCAGGAAUCUUAGCAAGCCAACUUGGGACCUGGAGGGUGCGCCGACCCAGGGGGACGAGGAGCAGCUGUUCUCGGCCACAGUGGAGAUCAAGAAGCUGUCCUCCUUUCUGGCUGGGGAGCAGGUCGGCCCCGCCAAGGUCAUAUGCAACAUUGUGGAUGAGCGGAUGAUCCACAUGUUCCUGCUGCACGAGGACGUCACGAUACAGUACUUCCUGCCAGCCACCCGGACCACCUAGCCCUCAGAGUUUCAUCCGUCACAUCAUCCAACCUGUCAUCAUCCAUUGUUUGUCACUUACCUUGCUGUGUCACCCAUUAUCAUCUACUGUCAUUCCUCUUAAUCCAUGCACACCAUCACCCACCUUGAUUCACUCACCUUUGAUCAUCUAUUAUUUCUUACUUACCUUGCAUGAUCCUUCCCAUGUCACCCUCUGCCAGUCACCCACUUUGUCAUCCAUCUUGAUUUGCACCAUCUGUCCAUGCAUCAUCAUCAGUCACUAUACGUUUUUCAUUCAUCAUCCACCAUUAUUCACCUUCAUAACCAGUCAUCAUCCACCAUUAGUCCCAAUCACCAUCAUCACUAUCAGUCACUAUACAUCUACCAUUAGCCACCAUCACCAUACCUACCAUGUCCAAGACUCGUCCUCAUCUGUAGAGGAGUCACAUAUUCAUUCAGAGGCGUUGUUCAGUAUGAGUCUGUUUGUUUCCCAUGCAUCUUCAUCUCCAGCGUGUGCAUUCGAGAUUAAUAUAGACUGUAGUAGCUGUUGUAGAGUGGGUGAGUAAUGCCUGAUUUCUUAACCCGGUAGCUAUGGGGGUCAUGUUUCUUAAAGGCCCCUCUAAGCGAAUUAAUGAGAAAAAAUCGUCACUCACACAAACCAUUUCAUAAUAUAUAUCAACGCAUUUGUGAUCAGUUUAUGCAUCAUCUAUUUAGGGGGCAAAAAUUUGGCCCGUCGCUGGUACACGGUAAGGCCAGAAAUUUGGCCUGUUGCUGCUACUGGGUUAAGCAUUGUAUUAGUAUUUAGGAGCAUUGUAGCUGGUUUGUCUUUUUUUCCUGAUUUUCAAGUUGGUUUUGUUGAUUUUUUAUUAUAUAUUUUGAUGACUGAGUUUGUAACAUGUUGACCUGACUCUGUAAAUAUACAACGCUUCCAACUAACUACACAGCCUGGUGCACAGCUGGUUGCUUGUGAAUACAGAACUCACACUCCAUCAGUGUCAAGAAGUGUGAAUUUCCCUAGUCAGUUCAGAUUCCUCCGUUUUGUACUAAUUUCCUUAAGUCCAAGUCUGGUAAAUCAAGGUGAUACUGUAGAACACAGAAAAACACAAACACAACACAACACAUGAACACACCUUGCCACCUUCUGGGAAAAUUGAAAGCCAUCAGUCAGUUAGGAUAGAUACAGUGUAUUAUUGACAUGUGGAUAUUAUAAAACUUGUAUGAUGGCUGGUGAAGGAAGCUUGUCCUUGUGUGCCUGUGGCCUCGGAAACUCCUGCCUGCGUGGCGGAGGAAAUGUUCUCGGAAUGCACUGUUGAUAGAUAUUAUCUUGUAUGACGACAUAAAGAUAUAUUAUAAAACAUACAUAGACCUGACAAAGAGGCCGUCUCUGAACACAUUGUAUUUACAGUGACGCCACACCGCCAUUGUUACCACACAAAACAGCCACUCAGCCAGGCCACCUUUUCCUACACACACACACACACACACACACACACACACAAACACACAUACGCAGGGAUGAAUCAG